CUUAUAUUCUUUAUUUUUCUUGACAAUGUUUUCCUCAGGCUCAAACCCUUUUCCCGAGUUUCCCUCAUCCCCCAAUAUAUUCUUUCCACCUAAUUUUCACUUUAACCAUGAAAAAGAUUGUGCUUGCUUUAACUACCACCUGAAUAAUAGCGACCCAUUAAUCUCCGGCGAUUGUUUUCACGAUACAAAUAACAGUCUUGCUCCUCCUUCUCCGCCCAUACAUAAUAUCACUACAAUCAAGCAAGAUUUUGGUAGGCAGAAGCAGUUGUCUUCUGAAGAACAAGUGUUCCAGACUUGUGAAGAUCAUGAUGAUCUACAAUCGGUAAUUUCUUCCUGCAAGAAGAAAACGGUGGCAUCAAAAGAUGGGCAUAGUAAGAUCUACACAGCUCGAGGCCCCAGGGAUCGGAGGGUGAGAUUGUCCAUUGACAUCUCACGAAAGUUCUUUUGUCUUCAAGACUUGUUAGGUUUUGAUAAAGCAAGUAAAACCCUUGAUUGGCUCUUUUCGAAGUGCAAGAUAGCGAUUAAGGAGUUGGUUGAAGAAACAAAUUUCUACUCAUCUUCCACUUCCACAGCGUCUUAUCAAUCAAAAACGAGUUUUCUGGAAGCGAUGAUGGGUGUACGUGAUGGGGGCAAAUUGAAAAAGAAAUCAGAACUCAAAUAUGUUAAAGGAAAAGCGAAGAAAAUCACACAAAAAUCAAAAGGAGGAUUUCAAGAUAAUCUUGAAAGAGGCCACUCAAGGGCCAUGGCAAGAGCGAGAGCUAGAGAAAGGGUGAGGGACAAGAAGCGAAUCAGAAAGCUUGAUGAGUUGACGACAAUUAUGGUUCAUGAUGAUUUUGACUAUCAAGACUUCAAAUCAAGUGCAGGAGAUAAUCAUAUGGUGAUCUCAGCGCAUCCUGCAGUCUGGUGAUCAUUGAUCGGCAGUAUUCUUUAAAGCUGGAGUGACGAUAUUUUAAGGAUAAAUUAAAAUCAAGUGAAGGAUAUAUCAUAGCAUUAUCUUGUUGCUUCCUGCAGCCUGAUUGUACUUGUUUAUGCAUGGUCGAGCUUGAGUAAUAUUUUUUUUAAGGAUGCAAGUCAUGCAGAAUUGUUUUUUAUUAAUUAAUAAUUAAUAUUGUUAUGGCAGUUAAUACUUUUGAGGGCUU